AUGCGACGCAUAGUAGGAGUGGGAGAAAUUUUUGCAUUGUUCGAUUUGAGCUGGGUGUGGUGUUUAUUGAGGCACUUACCUGCUCACUUCCAUGACAGGAAGCAGCUCCAUCUAUUCUCAAGUGCUGAUGGGGCGCAAACGAGCGCUGUGACACCGACACUUGCUGAAGCCAUUGUUCAGCUGCAUGAACGGUUUGCGAUGCUCUCCACACUUAUGGAUGUUGUAUGUUUCCGCGAGGUGUGGAGAGCCGUCGCAAUGGCAGCGACAAGAGUGAUGUUCAACGACGUGGCAACCGAGGCGCACUUUUCACAGCAGGGGGCGCUGCUAUUCAAGGCUGACUGCGAAGCCCUCAUGGAGGUGUUUCGGCCAUUCACUCCCCGACCGCACACACACAUGAAGGAGCUUCACGAGGCCUGCAUCCUGUUAAACCUGCCGACAGACACGGCCAGGCAAGUGUACGAGGACUCGAAGGCACCGUCUCCGCGGAACGGGGUUUCCGCGCUGCUGAAGAGCCUCGGCGUCGUGAGGCUGAAGCCCGAACAGGCAAUCUGCGUGCUGCUCCAGCGCAUUUGA